GUCAGGAUGUGUUUCGUGUCAAUUAAUUGAUGGAAAUGUUUCCCUCAGAAAGAAAGAUGGAUCGUAAUGAUGAGAGAAUCAAAAGAGCUUUAAGACGCCGUCCGUAUGUGUUGAAACCAGUGAGGGUGAACACCCCUGAUUCCGUGUUGUGGCCAACCGGCAAGGUGCACAGAAGGCCACAGCCUUCUACUUCAGUGCAGACCCCUCAGAUCCACAAAAGGCCUCCAAUCAUUGUGAGCUAUGGGCAGGACCAGACAUCUGGGGAUGGAUGGAGCAUCAAUCCAGAGCCUCUCAGCCAGUCUGGAAGGGUGACUCGGCUGAUAGAGAGAAAAUAUGAUGACGUGAUCUCAUCCUCCAGUUCUGAUGACUUUUCAAUCUACUCCUUCACUGACUGUGAAUCUGAGUGUGAUGAUGAGGAUCAUGAAAGGAGGACCCCAAAGCUGAAAGUUGAGAAUGGAAAGGUGACAAAGCUUGAUGUGAGGGAUAUGGACGAGGAUGAUCUGUCUCUCCACUCCUUCGAUGAGUCAGACUUCCUGAGCCCAGGGAAGGUCUCAGGUCCUGUAUCUGUCAAGAAUGGCCUCUCUCCUCUUGUGACCUCAGCACACCGGACCCUGGCUGAAGCCCUACGGGCCCUGCCCUCUGCUGUAGGCUCUCCCUACCCAGUAAAUGUUCCAAGGCCUCGGACUCCUCUCAACCCUGUCAUUAUCGCUCCGCCCCGAACAGAGAACUUCCCAUACCGCCACAGCCCUCGCCUGGCUCCCAUCACCAACCUGAGCGAGACCGGCAGGAAGCUGCUCCAGGAAAUGGCUGGAGUGGCCCCACAGGUUUCUUCAGUGGCUGCUGUCCAAACUGAGAUGUUCAAAGAAAUAAUGGCCAACUAUUACUUCUACCACACACACACACAGAUUUUGAGUAUUGGUUAUUCCUACAACACACACAAACGUAAUUUCAGAGACGGGAACUAUGAUUAGCAAAAUACAUAUAUUGGUCUCAUUCUUAUAUUUUGAGACAUGCAGCAUUAUUUAAAUAAAAAUGAUAUUGAUCCCCAUACAGCCUAUGAUAAUGAGUUGGAUUUACAUGCUUAGGCUUGGAAAUAUAGCCAGGAGAAGCAGGGUCAACACCUCUACUCAUGCCAUAAGUGCCAUGACAUCUUUAGUUACCACAGAGAGAUAAGACCUCUGUCUCCACAGUCUCAUCCAAAGGACAGCACCAACCUUAGGGCAGUGUCACUGGUAUUGGGGUCUUAGGUCUCCUUUGGCCAAAGUGAAGAGUUGAGGGCCCCUUACUGGUCUCCUUGCAAUAUCUGGUCUCCCACACAGAGAUGGAAAUCUACACCUGUUUAGACCCUGGAGGAUAUGGCUUCAGAUGAAAGACAGCAGAGAGAUGCAGAACGUAAAAGCUUCAAACACAUUGAUAUGCAAAUUCAGGACCAUUGUACUCUGAAGUGGAGCAUGCAUCUGGUCUGAAGCAUGUCAAAAGAGUAGAAAUGAACUGGGACUGGAGGAAUACAUCACAUUUAAACUAAAUUAUCAUGUAUCUGAUUUAGCUACACUCAUCUGUACUUGAAUGGUGCUGUUUGAAAAGUGCAUUUCCAAUAAAGCUUUUUAA